AUGACUAAAACUUUACAAGCUUCAUCAGCAUGCGAUGGAAUUGAAGAAAAACGUAGUGUAACCGCAUAUGAAAUGGCAAAAAGUGGAACAUAUCGUGCGGAUUAUCCGGACCUGCACCAACUAUCGCGUCAUCUCAGGCAUGCAACCAGUGACGACCUCAACAUUAAUGGUUUAUUGGAUGCAGAUAUGCGGUGGAGAGGCGCGGUCCAUCUCAAACACCAUACGAGCGGAAAAUUGACCUAA